UCAGUCGAAAAGAAUUGCUUUGUCUGCUCUUUAAGAAAUACCUCAAAAUGUAUAUAUUUUCAAUUCUCUGCUUGCUUUCUAUACUUGGUUCUCUUUUGGCUCUGAAAAAUCCAAUCUGCGCUGACAGUUUGCUUGGCUUUGGGGUAUGUAAUACUAUAAUUACUCGAAUUGGUUAUAACCCUUGGACCAACGACUGCACAUCAAAGAACUUCGUGGCAUGUGGUGUCUACGGAACUGCUUACAAUAGUAUAAAGGAGUGUGAAGAUAAAUGUAAAGAGUAAAGAUAAGAAAUAAAGGGGACAUCUAAAACAGGUUCUAAAAAA